GUCAUCAAAAGGUUGCCAUUGAGCGGAGCGAUAAACAAAUGCCCCAAUUUCAACACUACGAAAUUCAUAUUUGGGUUUGUUUAUGUCUGAUAACCGCACGAAGCCUGUACCUCACGGACCUCAAUAAUACGAGCAAAUAUGUCAGCACAAAAGGACUGCGAGUUUUUAGUGAAACGGGCUCGGGAUCUUGUGUCCGAGGACCCGUGUGCAGCCAAGGCUUGGCUGAUAACCGCUCGAACCCUAUAUCCCACGGACUUCAAUAUUCAGGUAAGCUGCGUCUAGUGAAUGACAUUGAAACGCUAGCAGUUGGCUAGCUUGACAAAUAAAUACUACUAACGAGCCAUUUGGAAUACAUGUAGUUGUCAAACUAGUCUGUCGAGGUCUGGUCAUUGGCUUUGUGGUACGAAGGCUGGAAUGGAACGUCACAUUGGUAUCUUGUCUUAACAGCAUGAGAUGUACACUAUUGAGAGAAAUGCAGAGAAGACGGCUUCAGCGGGCAGAAUGCUAUACGACAUGUGAGUGAAAUUUCUUAUCUCUCUAUUUCUGCACACAGGCACACAGUACUGUUGAUGACUGAUCUAACUGCUGUUGUGUGUGCUGGGUCCUUCAGGUUCAUCAAUUUCCCUGAUCAGCCUGUUGUGUGGCGGGAGAUCACUGUCAUCACAGCUGCCCUGCGGAGCGACUGUCAGGACAAACAGGCUCAGUUCCUACGAGGUGAGGACUUUGUGUGCGUGUGUUAGAUCUACCUGAGAUCUUCCCUGAUUGGGUGAAAUGUGAGAAGUGUUAACACUGUAUUGUGUGUGUGUGUUUACUGUAGGUCUGUUUGAAACCCUGCCCGGCCCAGUGCAGUGUGAGGUGCUGCUGAAGGCCACAGAACAGUGCUUCAACACCCUGGAGAAGGCUGAGAUGCUCCUGUUACUGCUCAGGCGCUUCCCAGAGUCUGUAGUCCAACACGGGGUACGUAACCUCUCACCUCUGACCUUCACCACCGUGUCAAUAACACAGAAUCAUUUAUCUGUAGCAUUGUUUGCACUCGCAUUCUAGGUCAACCUGGGAGAGUCCCUAUUGGAGGCGGAGACGGCUGAAAAGUUGGAGACACCUGUCAACUGUUUCAGGAAGCUGUUUGGUGAGAGAAAUAUCUGAAUCAGAUUAUCAAAACCUAGAACAUUUGGAGCUCAAAAGCAGAGGAAUGUAAAGUAAGUAUAAAUACCUUCUAUGUUACUUUUCUUCCUCUCUCACAGUGUGUGACGUUCUCCCGUUGAUCAUAAACAACGUGGACAUGCGUAUGCCUGCCAGUCUGCUGCUGAAGUACAUGCUGAAGGCAGCAGAGUUCUACAUCGGUUAUGUCACGCGGGGCCCGUCGGGUGACGGACAGUUGCAGGGCAAAGCCCUAAACGGUAGAUGAGUACUAUUUAUAAUAUCUGCACUUGAUCUCCUUUCCUUCUCAUUGCGUGCCACCUCCACACUGCUACGACCUGCAUGCCAUCAGCUAGUUUUAUGAUUUUUGGUUUACCCUCAAUUUCUCCCUCUUUUUUUUGUUGCACUUUUGCUUACACUUUCCAUUUCCAAGUGUUUCACGGUCCAAUGACAUUGCUCUGUACUCACCUUCUCUCAGGCUCUCAGGAGGGUGGUGGUCUGAAGUCUCCCAGUGUGUCUCGGGGGUCCCAGCGCUAUGUGAUUGAGGGGCUGUCAGAGAAGUCGUCGGUGGUGGCUGAGCCCUGGGAGAGACUGCUGGACAUCCUGGCAGUGGUGGGGGCCCGUUGCGAGUGGCAGGGGGACAAGGGACAGAGGUAGGAGCACAGAUGAUCUCCCAAUAUGUGCGUGUAAUUGAAGUAAGAGUGUGUGUGUGUUUACUUGUGAGUGGUUAGCCUAUACGUAUUCUAUGCAUGUGUGUGUUUUGUAGGAUACUGCUGGGUAUUAAAGUGUGUAUGUUCAUCACUGUGUAUGUGUGUGUGUUUUGUAGGGGCUACGUGGAGAUGCUGCAGUGGAUUAAGGAGCUGUGUCGCUACCUGCCCAGUCUAGAGGGAGAGACCAGGUCACGGUGCUGCAGUCAGGUGGUCAUCUGUGCCUCGCUGGUCCUCUUCCGCAGCGCCUACCUCUACGUCUCAGCUGUACAGCCUGCUCUGUUUCAGGGUCAGUCUCUCCCCCUGUGUGUGUUCAUAAGUAUUUGUAUUCACAUGACUGUAAAUAUGUCCAUUUUGAGCGUUGUUCUUGUGGAGAUUCUGUUUGAGGCGCUCUCCUCAAUUUACAGUGAGGUUGUGUGUGUCGCGUCUGUGUAUUCAUUUCUGUGUGUGUGUGUGUGUGUUACAGGUGUGAAUGCGUUGGCCUCGGGGUCGUGGAUACUGCUGGAGGAUCUGAGCUCAGUGUACAGUGAGGUAGAACUGGAGAGAGGAGCAGGGAAACACGCUCACAAGAAACGCAAACUGGCCGAUGGUCGCGAGAAGACCAUGGUGAGAGGAUAGAUGGGAAGCCAUUGUGGAGGGUGUGUGUGUGUGUGUGUGUGUGUAUGUGCUCAUGCAUGUAUUUGGGCGUGUUUCUUCAGAGCUCAGACGACGAUGAGGGCCUGGGGAAGGGGCGUGGCCGGAACAUCAUGGUCAACAAAACAGAGAUGCCCGGGUGGGCAGAGACUCUGGAGAGCUUCCGUUUGGCCAGGGAGAGCUGGGACCUCCUGUCCCACGACAGCCUGGAGACCGGUACGCCCUCCUAAUACAUCCCCCAGCUCAUACCUGUGUGCUCUCUAAAUUUGUGUCCUGUCUAAGCAAAUGUUUCUCAUUCUGAUUAAAUGUUUUCACACCCAUUCUCCAGAAUUCAACCAGAUCUGUUCCUCAUGGAAGACAGACAACUGGCUUUGGUUCAGAAUAUUCCUCACAGAUAUGAUCAUAUACCAGGUAAACAUAAAUAAUGAUCAUUGUUCGUUAGGAGUUUAUCAGUGUUUUGUUUGUCUGUGUAUGUCCAUGUAUUUGUGUUCAAUGUGAGUGUGUGUCUCCUCUCCCCCAGGGCCAUUACCGUAAGGCCCUGUCCAGCCUACUCCAGAUGUCUGUGUUUCAGCAGCCUCAGCCUGGACAGAGCUCCCCAGGACAGGGUAACCUGGAGCACCAUAGGACCCUUAUACAGCAGGCCUCCUGCCACUACGCACUGGGAGAGUACAGGGUGGGUAUGCACAUACUGAGAGCUCAUCCAGAAACAUGCAUACAUACAGAGAGAGAUGGCGUCACUGUGUUUCUGUGUUUCCAUCUGUAUCAGAUGGCGUGUGAAAAGUUACUUGAUGUAGUUGGUGGGCUGGUCCCCCAAAACCAGGAUCCAGUUAAGAACACUGACGACUCGGGCAAAGCCAGAAACAAGCCCAGGAAAGGUAAGGUUCACUGUGUGUGAGAUAUCUUCAAAUGUCUAUGUUUUAUGUCCAUGCUUACAAUGUGGUGUAUUUUGUAUUUUUGUUGCUAGGCAGUGAUCUGAGGCUGCUGCCCUGUACUAGUAAAGCCAUUCUGCCAUUCUGUCUUCAGCUGAUGUUCGCCUGUUUCAAGGUACCUCAACACUGCCCUUACAAAUAACACUAAACACAGAACUAUUUUGAUAAGGGUCUGCGGGUUUUAAUUCCCCUUAAUCUCAAAUAACCUUCUAUUUUCAUUUUCAUCCAAUCAGCUUCGUGCCUUCACGGACAGCCGAGACGACCUGUCCUUGGGUCAUGUGGUGGUGCUCCUGCAACACGAUUGGCCACAGGGCGAGUCUCUGUUCCUGAAAGCCAUCGAUAAGAUCUGUCAGCAGGGCAGCUUCCAGUAUGAGAACUUCUUCAACUACGUCACCAGUAUCCUUAUCAUACAGUAUAGCUGAUAUGUAGGAUGUUUUAUAUCUAAAAUGAGUUGGUUGAGCAGAUAUGAGAACAACUGGGGAUUACAGAAACUUUGUAGCUUUUAUUCUCUCUAUGUUGUUUGACUUUAACUCGGUCAGAUAUUGAUAUGCUAGAGGAGUUUGCAUACCUGCGUACUACGGCGGGGGGGCGGGUCCAGCUGGAACUACUGCCCAAUCAGGGAAUGCUAAUCAAGUAAGCCCCUCCCACUGGCAGAUGCUUACGUAUCGUACACAGUCAUGCUCACAUACAUGUAGUGAAUAGCAGCUGAGCUGUCAGGUGUUAUGUUGAGAAAGGGUUAGCGGUACAAAGCGCCGUCUAUCUAAAAUCGAAAAACCGUUAUUAAUCGAAAGUUGUUUAGGGUGUUUGAAUGCAACCACUCUCAGUGGGAGUUGAGGAGUAGAAUGAGGUUGCCUCUAGACACUGAUCUAUGAUCAGUUUCAUGCUUCCUCUUAAUGUUAAAUGUAAAGAUUUUUAGAGGGUAAGCUGAUCCUAGAUUUGUGCGUAAGGGCAACUUUUAACCCGGAGCGUGAGUUGAUGAAUGUUGGUGUUUACUGUCCUCAGGAACCCUAGUCCCGCCCUGGGUGGGGAGUUUAACACCCUGCUGCUACCUGGGGUGCAGACAACCGACAGGUACCCCUGCCCACCACCCCUACCCCAAACACUCUCUCCAUCCCUCUGCCCCAAACCUCAUUUUGGUUUUCGGUCUGUCGUUUUCAUCGAGUCCUUGUCGUGUUUUAUUUUCGAGAAGGCGUUUGACCCAUUGCAUCCGUUUAUGUGGUGGUUACUGAUGUUUUUAAAGUCAAUUUUGGUUUUAUUUUUCAUAUCUGUAGUUGUCAUUGCAUUUGUGAACAUUCACGUUUGACUAUGUGUUACUGUUUUUGAUGUUGUUGAAUCUUCCCCGUCUAAAUUUUGCCUGGUUGGUAGAUACCCAAUACUCUCAUUCCAUCUCAAAACUAUGAAUACUGUAUUUGGGGAAACAUGUUGUUUCCUUGAUGUUGUGUCAUUUUAUGUUUUAUCGUUGAUAAAUUGGUGUUUUCAACUGUUACUGUAGAGGUUUGGAGAAAAAGAAACAUUAUCAAGUGUCUGAUUUAUAAAAUGAUUAACGUGUUUUUCUAAGAACAUUUUAGAAAUGGUUUAUUUCUCAUUGUCUGGCUUCCUCUGCCCUGUAGGCACCACACGGUGACGCGUGGCAUCACAAAGGGGGUGAAGGAGGACUUCCGUCUGGCUAUGGAGAGACAGGUGUCACGCUGCGGGGAGAACCUGUACACUGUCCUCCACCGCUUCUGUGUCAAUGAGAAGAUCAUCAUCAUCCAGUCCCUGCCCUGAUCUGACACCUAACCUCUGACCCCUUCACCUUUAAACCUCGGACAUCUGACAUUUGAACCUGUUGAGACCAGGAGCCCAGGCUUAUGGGUCUAAUGUCCACAAUAAAAGCCUGGUCACUCCUCCUUGCAGCUUGUGUGCCCAGAAGACCAUCGUCGUCUUCCAUCAGACCUGACAAUUGAACUCCUGACCCCUGACCAAAUAACACACAUAAUUAGAAAGAGGCAGAUUCUUUGUUUUUCUCUUUCAAGGAUUUAUUUAUGGUGCUAUUUUCAUGAGGGUAAAAUAUUGGGCACUUUUUGUACUUCUUGCCUUAAAAUUAGAUGGGUACUUUCAGAGGAUGUACUUUCAGAGAAGGUUCUGUACUUGGGGAGCAUACUGUUUCUGAGGAUACUAAACAGGUAUUGGUCAUGACUAGUGUGUCUGUUGUAUUUGCUAUCUAGUGUCUUUCAUUGGCUAUCUUGAUACAUUUAGUUGACUUUGCCUAAUUGGAUCAUUUUGUGAAGUGUAUGGAAAAAAAUAAGAGGUUCCAAAUCAUUGUGAGAUUGUUGGAAAGUUGACAAAUGUGAGCUUGAUAUUGUUAGACAACGUUUUAUUGUUUUUCUUUUUCAUAAAGCUGUAGUAAAAUAGAUGUUAGUUUAUAUAAAUUCUCCAAUAAACCUGACUGGUUGGAAACAACAGUUCUUUCUUGAUUUCUCCACCACUGCAGUGCAGCCUUGAGGUUGGCCCAGUGCUUGUCCUGGGGCCACUCCAGGUAGGUGUGCCUGCCCAUCA